AUGCCCGCCAGGACCAAGAAGGACGCCGCGUCCGAGGAUGCCACCAUGCAGGACGCCCCCGUCCCCGCGCAGGUCGAGGAUGCGCCUGACCAGGACAUGCCCGAGAACGGUGCCGCCGAAGAGGGCGAAGAAGAGGAAGAGGAGGAGGAGGAAGAAGUUGAAGCCCAGCGUGUCAAGAUUCUGCCCGGCUCUACAGAUACGGCUGCCUCAUUCGAGUUCAUCGAAGAGGGCCACACCAUGGGCAAUGCCCUGCGAUACAUCAUCAUGAAAAACCCCGAUGUUGAGUUCUGCGCCUACACAAUCCCUCACCCCUCAGAGGACAAGAUGAACAUUAGAAUACAAACAUACGAGGGCACCGCCAUUGAUGCUCUUAAGAAGGGCCUUGGUGACCUGCAGGAAGUCUGCGACGUCGUUGCCGACGAAUUCUCCGCCAAGCGUCAACAGUUCAACGACGACAACGGCAUUGACAGGUAA